CACCAUUUAUAAUUAAAACUCAAGAAGGAUAUACAGGAUUCUGUAUAGAAAUUUUGAAAGAACUUCAAAGAUUGUUAGACUUUGACUACGAGCUGGUGAUACCAGAAGACGGUUACUACGGAAUUAAGGAAGCGGAUGGACGUUGGAAUGGACUGAUUGGUCAACUAGCUCGAGCGGAAACGGACAUGAUUCUAGCAGCACUUUCGAUGACAGCAGAGCGAACCGAAGUGGUUGAUUUCGUCACACCGUAUUUUGACCAGACAGGGAUCGCUAUUUUAGGCAGAAAACCAGAAAAACAAAAAUCCCUGUUCAAGUUCAUGGAGGUUUUAAAACCUGAGGUUUGGUGGGGGGUACUUGGUGGCAUCGUAGCAACAGGACUAUGCUUAUGGAUCCUAGAUCGCUAUAGUCCUUAUAGUAACCGAAACAACAAACAAAGUUAUUCGCAACCCUGCAGAGAGUUUAACUUGAAAGAAAGUUUUUGGUUUGUUCUCACCAGUUUUACUCCACAAGGUGGUGGAGAGGUUCCCAAAUCGCUCUCAGGGCGCGUCCUGGUGGCUGGUUACUGGUUGUUUGUGGUUCUUAUAUUGGCAACUUUUACGGCAAACCUGGCAGCUUUGCUAACAGUUGAAAGAAUGCAGAUUUACGUGCGUUCUUUAGAAGAGAUGGCUCAGCGCGUGGACUUCAACUUUACGGUCAUUGAAAGUUCCAGUUCUAAACAGUACUUUAUAAAUAUGGCCGAAGCCGAAGAGGAACUCUAUCAUGCCUGGAAGAAUAUAACUCUCAAUUCUGGACGAGAAACUGGUAAGUUUAGAGUAUGGGAUUAUCCAAUCAAGGAACAAUAUAAGAACAUUCUCAAAAUCAUCGAGAGGUCACAACCAGUUAGUAAAGUGCAAGAAGGUGUAAAAAGAGUUAAGGAAAAUACAAAUGGUCAGUUUGCCUUGCUCACUGAUUCUCCCAAAGUUCGCUAUUUGGUUAAUGAAGACUGUGACUUUACAAUGAUCGGAGAACCUUUUGCUGAACACCCAUACGGAAUCGCCGUAACCAAAGGAUCGACUCUUCUUGAAGAAUUAAAUGAAAAAGUGAUGCAACUUCAACGUCAGCGAUUCUUCGAAGAUCGUAUCUCAAAAUAUUGGAAUUCCACUAAACGACGGAUCUGCGAUGCCUUGGACAAUUCUGACAGCCUCACAGUUUAUGAUCUUGGAGGGGUUUUCAUCGUAACAUUGGUUGGCCUGGUGAUUGCUUUAUUAGCUCUUAGUCUUGAGGUCUGGCAUUUCAGCAAGAAAAAUAAAUCUCGAAUACAGGCAACAACAGUAACCUUAUCAAAAAAGGAGAAUAUCUUCACAGUUUUAAGAAAGGAAGCAUGGGCAACAUCGCCUUGUGUAAAAGAUUAA